AUGAACAACCAGCAACAACAGCAGCAACAACAGCGACAGCUACCCAGCUCACUAACACCCCAACAACAACAAGCACUACUCCAAUCGCAGAUCAUCCAACAACAACAACUCCAGCAACAACAACUCAUCCAACAACAACAACAGAAGAGACUACAACAAGCUAACAAACCACCACCACCUCAAACCAGACUCACCCAACAACAGCAACAACAACAACAACAGCAGCAGCAGGCUAGUUUCAUCCAAAAGCAACAGCAACAGCAGCAAGCCUUACUCCUCCAACAGCAGCAACAGAACCCAGCACAACAUCAACUUCAGCUUCAACAACAACAACAACAGCAACAACAACAACAACUGCAGCAGCAGCAACAACUGCAACAACAACAACAACAACUGCAGCAGCAGCAGCAACAACAUCAUCAACAACAGCAACAACUGCAGCAGCAACUUCUUCACAAACAUCAUCAGUUCCAAUCAGCCCCUGGACAUCCGCAACCCAAUCUUAACCCUCCCUCAAACAUCAAAAGACCCUCACCCUCGUAUGCCGAUGCACUCGGCCCAAACAUUGCAUUUACGCGCGCAAAACGAUUUAGACCCACCGAUCGAAACUUACCCGUCUUCGAACCAGCUAAUCCGGAAGCACCCAGAUACAGUCUCGAUGGAUUGUUGCCAGAACGACAGAAUAAUUUGCAUCGAAUGGCCCAGAAUUACGAGAAAUUACAGAAGAUCGAACGGGAGUUUGAUUGGUUAAUCUCCAGGAAACGGUUUGAGAUCGAAGAUUCAUUACGCAAACCUAACGGCGUUUUGCGAACGUUAAGGGUCAAAGUCUGGAAUACGGUCUCCAAUCAACCUUGGCAACAACAACAAGGCUCUUCUUCUGCUGCUGCUGCGGCUUCUUCCUCGGAAAAGAAACUGGAUAAGACGCGUCAAUCUAGUCCAGGGACUGAUGAAGAUCAGCCAGAGAAGGAUAACGAGCAGCAGGAUAAGGAGAACGAGAACGAGAAAAAAGACGACGCUGAUCACGGUGAUCUGCCGAAACAAGCUGCUGGGCCCGGUAGCAGUGCUCCGAUCAACUUUAACGCCGGCGAGGGGGUGCCCAAAUGGACCCUACACAUCGAAGGACAUCUGAUCGAUCCGAAUCAUCAGUCAUCGACAGACCAAACCAUGGCCGACGCAGAGUCUUCAGAGCCACAGGAUCAAGAGCCCAAGAUCGAAGAAACCAGACGCCCAUUCUCGACGCUCAUGGAGAGUAUGAUGAUCAAGAUCAUGCGGUCGCACGAGUUAUAUCCCGAGCCAAACCUCGUCGAUUGGCAUCGUCCAAGCUCCACUGCUUCAGCUCCUUCUCCUCUCUUCUCUACAAUCACCCUCACUCGAAACGGCACCGAGGAUUGUCCGGUUCAGAUCGCAAUCCAUCUCAACCAUUUCCCCCGUCGGUUCAUGAUCAACCCCCUCCUCGGAUCCUUCCUCGAUCUUAAAGAAGCGUCCCUCGAUGAGAUCUAUGAAUCAAUUUGGUGCUAUAUUAAGAAAAACAAAUUGAUCGAUUCCGGAGUCGAUAAACGAUUGAUUCGGAAAGAUUCUAAUUUGGCUUGUUUAUUUCCCCCCAACCUUGAUCGAAUGCCUUUUUAUCAACUUUCAGAUCAAGUGAGGAAGUUUUUAAGUGUACCUGAACCGGUGAUAAUUGAGUAUGAAGUCAAGGUCGAUCAAGAGGAUCAAAACCGACCGGAAUAUUUCGAUAUCCAAUUCUCGAUCGAAGACCCAGCUAAAUUGCAUCUGUUGACUAUCCAGAAUCAAUUGGAAGAUAUUAAUCCUGCUAGUAGUCUUCAUCAAUCGGCGACCAAUAAUCCGGCCAAUCCUACUAAGGAGAUCUUGGCUAUAGAUGAACAAAUCAUGGAUUCGAUGGCCAAGAUAAGGGAAGUCAAGAUCCGCCGAGAUUUUUACCAAAAGUUUACGCUAGAUCCGAUCGGGUUUAUCGAAGAAUGGAUCCGCUCACAAUCGCGAGAUUUGGAGGUACUGUUUGGCUUAGAUAAGGGGGGAGAAGGGACGAGUGUGAACCGAGCCUUAUCAUCGAAACAGCCGAAGUCGUUGUCAAACCACCGAUUCGAAGCUGGGGAGGGAGUUGGAGAUGACGAUGGUUUGAAUGAGGCCGAUCAUCUGAAACGGUACUCGAAAUUCUAUCACCAACGAUGGGUGGACGACGCGGUCAAGAUCUACCAAUCUCGCGAGUUCAACCACCGCGUCCAACAGACCCAGAAAUCCUCUUCCUCCUCGGCACCCAACUUAGCCCACCAUCACCCGCUCAACAAUAACAACAAUAAUGCCAACAAUAACAAUGGAGGGAUGAUGAUGAUGAAUCCGACUGGAAUGGUCUCCAACAACCCUCCGCCUCCGAUGUCUCAUCCUCAACUCAACCAACAUCCUCAUCUUAUCCACCACCAUCAUCUUCAACAACAACAGCAGCAACAACAACUCCUCAAUCAUCCUAACAGUCUGUCCAAUAACGGGCAUUCUAAUUUCAAUCACGCCGGGCCUCCCUCUAAUCUUGCAAUCUCAACCAAUGGCCCGCUUAUCAACUCGAAUCAUCUCGGGAAUCCUGGUCUGAUUAACUCAAAUCAUAAUGGGGCGCCUGGGUUACGUGGUAAUCGUUGA